GAAAUAAAAAUCCGUAAAUUUCCCUCAAAAUCAUUUUGAUCCGAAUAUUCUAGUGAUAUGCUUAUAUUCCUACCAUAAAUCAAUCAUGAAAGCCAUCAAUAUUCUUAAUUAAUCGCAAAGCAGUUUUUCCGAAACUGCUCCAGAGACUAUGUCCCUGUAAACAAGCUCUGUGAACUGUCAACCUACGUCAUCUUGCACUGGUCUAUUGUACAUUAAUAAUUGGAAACUACUUUUGCUGGGUAUUUUGUAUUUUAAAGCUGCAAGCUCCGGAAUGAUAGAGUUUAUCAAAGUUGAAGUUCAAACAUUUGAAGAGGAGCCAUCGGUGUCGGAGAUCAACAUUGGAGAGCAGAACCGCAUCCAGCGACUAUGUGACCUUAAGAAGCAGCUUCAAACGGUAAAUGCAUUCGAACUUCUUAAAAACCGCUAUCUUGAAUCGUUAGAGCAAAAACAAAAUGUGGAGAUUCUCAGCAGUUCCUCGAAACUCCCAGAUCCAGAAUUGGGUAGUGCAAAUAAUGAGACGGAGUGCAUUUGCGAAGUUUGUGGUCAAACGUUUAGCACCCUGAAGCACAUGCUUCGCCAUAUGGACGGGUAUCACGCAAUCCCUGGUUCGCUCAUCAAGCGAACGGGGAAAUCAUUGUUCAAGUGCAAAUUCUGUGAGCUGGAAUUCCAGGCUCGUAGUCAACUGCUGCGACACAAUGAGCGGGAACACGCUAAUCCUAGCUCCAGCGCUGAGGAAAACCAACCAAAGCGAAGAAAGAAGCUUCUUGAGGAAGCACUCUUAUUGCAGAAGACAACUUGCGUUCAUUGCGAUGUGAAAACAGGCAGUAUGGAGGAAUUUGUUGCUCACCUAGAGGUGCACCAUGCCGGUAAAUUUUGUGAUAUUUGCUACAAGAUAUUUCAAGAUUCGACUUACAUGAUGCUCCACAAAAGAGUACAUUUAGGGCAAAAUCCGUUUGCGUGUGAUUUUUGUCCCAAGGUCUUCAAAACUUUACAGCAUGUGGGAGAGCACCGGCGAGGCCAUACGGGUGAUAAGCCUUUCAAGUGCACGGAAUGCCCCAUGGAGUUCGCUCGAUCGGGGGAUCUCAAUAAGCACAAGAAGUUUAAACACACGAAAAGUCCGUCAUUUAUUUGUGCACAGUGCCCCGCAACGUUCUACAGUUCGUCGCUGUUCUAUCGGCACAAGCGGAAGCAUCUUGACGCAGAGCAGGGCAUCGACGACUCUGUAGUGGGAGAAUUCCCUUGCCGACAGUGUAAGGAAAUGUUCAGAAAUGGAAACGAACGUAAGGAGCACGUACUGCUGCGGCAUGGCGAGGGAAGACCGUUCGAGUGUGUGGACUGCGGUAAACGGUUCAAGCUGGCAAAUCAUUUGAAAGCCCAUGCGUUGACGCACAUUGGGGUGAAGACGCAAACAUGCGAUGAGUGUCCAGCUGCGUUCUAUUUGGCAGGCGAUCUGAGGAGACAUCAGAAGAGGCACCUGAAAUCAAUGGAAUGAUAGACAUCAAUAAAUCUUAGAAAAAUUCAAA